CCCGCUCGUCCGCCAACCAUCCCUUGCCACAGCUGUGCCGCCGGAGAGGAGCGAGAGUUUCAAAAAUCGAAUUGUUUACGAGUAUCGCUGCCGCCGCCGCUCACCAGUCACCGCUGUCAGUCGCCACCGCCGCCGCAGCCAGCCAGAGCCAGUUACCGUGCAACAGCAGCGCCGCUCUCCGGGUUCAUAGCGACCGUAAAGUUUACUUGAAAAGUGCCAAUAAUAAUAAUAAUAACGGAAUAAAUAACAUUAUCAUCGUCAUUCGUCGCACACGCUCACACACCGCGUACGGAUUUUGUGGCCUAUGUGUGCCGUGUUUGGACCGUUGAAAUGAAGCUGAAAACCAUAUCGGAAACCGUAAACAAGGACGAACUGUUCAAAAAGGUGUGGAACCUUUCUGCAGAUCAUUGUAUGGAUGUUGUAUUAAUGAUGUUCUCACACGCAGAAGGUACAACACUACUUGGCACACACAAGCUUGAACAAUUUAUUGUGACUACUGAACUUUGUCGUUUCACUUCGAUGAUGUUUAAUCGUCCACCGCUAUACCGUCCUGCUCUAGACUGCACAGUGGCAAAUGAUUUUGUUUCUACAGAAUUUGAACGUUAUAUUGAUCUGGUUGAAGACAAUGCUUAUGAAUUGUCGAGUGCUCCAAAUAGCGAGGUACUUGUUAUCAUUGCAAACAACGAAUGCCGCAAAUUUAUUUUUGCUUCGCCACGUUUACGUCCUUAUAUCAUGUCCAAGGAAUGCAUCUCUGUCAUCGAAAGGUGCUUAGGCAAAGGCACUUUCUCUGCUAGUCAAGAAUCUGAUAUGGAUAAAUAGCAAUUAAUAUCUUUUGCAUCACUACAAUUCUCAGUGCUGCUAAACGUCUCCUCGUGACAUAUGAUAGUCUUCAUGGAAAAUCAGUCUAAAAGUACCUAUCUUGAUGCUUGUCUGUGCUAUCUUUAUAAUAAUAAUACUAAUAAUAAUAAUAAUAAUAAUUAUAUUAAUAAUUUAAAUAAUAAUAUUAAUAAUUAUAAAAAUAAUAGUAAUUGUAGUAUUAAUACAAUAUUUAAUGUUUUUCAUAAGCAUCGCUUAUAGUAUUGGGUCCUUUUUAGUAGUGGUAGAAUCAAAAGUUACCUAUUUUCCAAGACUUAUUGUUUUGUGUUUUAUAUUUUAUAAUAUUUAUUUUUACUUACAUUGAUUUAAUUUAAUAUCUAUAUAUUAUAUACAUAUUUUUUUUUUUAAUUAUGUUAAAUCCAAGACAGAAAAUACAGCAAAUACAUAAGUUGAUGUUAGAUUUCCAAACACAUUAUUUUAUUUAAGUAUUGAUUUAAAAGGCUGUAUUCACCGUAUUAGAUCUCAUUUUGUUAUAAUUUUUUUUUUUAACUAUUUAUAUUACUGCAAUUGGAAAACAAUACCUAAAUGCUUAGCAAUUGUGAAGAUUAUCAAUAAUCUAGCAUUUUUAUAUACACGAGUGAGACUGCGUAGUGAUAUAAUUAGAUUUAUUUUUAUUGUUUCUAAUUAUUUUAUAUAUUUUUUUUUUGUUUGGCUAAUGAUUUUAUACAUUUAAGACCCACUGUAGUUUUUUUUUUAGUACUCAUUGAACUUUUUUUUUGUGUUGAUAUUUUUCAAUGUUUGUUUAACUUCAAUAAAUUAUAACUAUUGUAUACUUAA